CUCUUCCUGGGCAUCUACCUGGCAGCCGUCCUGGGCAAUGGCCUCAUCAUCAUGGCUGUAUCCUGCGACCACCACCUCCACACCCCCAUGUACUUCUUCCUCCUCAACCUCUCCCUCCUUGACCUGGGGUGCAUCUCUACCACUAUCCCCAAAUCCAUGGCCAAUUCUCUCUGGGACAUUAGGGACAUCUCCUACCAAGGGUGUGUGGCCCAACUAUUUUUAUUUUUAUUUUUUAUGUCAGCAGAGUAUUAUCUUCUCACUGUCAUGGCCUAUGACCGCUACGUUGCCAUCUGCAAACCUCUGCACUACGGGACCCUCCUGGGCAGCAGGGCUUGUGUGCACAUGGCAGCAGCUUCCUGGGGCAGUGGGUUCCUCUAUGCUCUCCUGCACACUGUAACUACAUUUUCCAUACCCCUCUGCAAGGGCAAUGCUGUGGACCAGUUCUUCUGUGAAAUCCCCAAAAUCCAAAAGCUCUCCUGCACAGAUGAUAACCCCAUGGAAGUUGGGGUUCUUGUCACUGGCAUGUUUGCCUACCUGAAGGCCCCCUCCAUCUCCUCCCCAUCCCUGGACCUGGUGGUCGCUGUUCUGUACUCGAUUCUGCCUCCAACAGUGAACCCCCUCAUCUAUAGCAUCAGAAAUCAGGACCUUAAGGAUGCCCUGCAGAAACUGAGUAGACACUUUUCAGCAGCCAGAGACCACGUAUCUUCCUCCACAAAUGACUUUCAGUGUCUGUCAUGA